AUGUGUGCAAACAGCACACGUGAAGGAGGUAAACCAUCUUCGCCAGAAUUAGCCGAAAUAGGGCAGUCGGUAUACGAGAAAAGGAUGGAAAACUGGGACGUAUGGCAAGGGGAUGAAAUGGUAGUAUCCACCAAUAUACACGUGUCUUACAGCAGAGAACAGAAAAUAAUGGUCCGGUUGGCUGUGGAAUAG